CUUCCAACGCCGUUAAAAAAAUCAACGAAGGAGAAGAGGCCUCGUCAACAUCCAUGCACCAAAGCCACAAUUUGUGUGAAAACAUAGGGUGAAAACAUGGCUUCCCCUGUCGGCUGUGAGCAUUAUGUGCGCAGCUGCCUAUUAAAAGCUCCGUGCUGUGGUAAACUGUACGUGUGCCGGCUGUGCCACGAUGCGGAGGAGAACCACGAGAUGGAUCGCUUCAAAGUCAGAGAGGUGCAGUGCUCUGAGUGUCAGACCGUGCAGGAGGCGCAGCAGACGUGCCAGCAGUGUGACUUGAACUUCGGGGAAUAUUACUGUGACAUCUGCCACCUGUUCGACAAGAACAAGAAGCAGUACCACUGUCAGCCCUGUGGGAUAUGCCGGAUCGGACCCAGGGAGAAGUAUUUCCACUGUGAGAAAUGCAAUCUGUGUUUAGCUCAGGACCUGCGGGGAAACCACAAGUGUGUGGAAAAUGUCUCCAGGCAGAACUGCCCCGUGUGUAUGGAGGAUAUUCACACGUCCAGAAUUGGAGCUCACGUUCUUCCGUGCGGCCAUCUUCUACACAAAACCUGCUUCGAUGACAUGGUCAGAACAGGAGCGUACCGCUGCCCCCUCUGUAUGCACUCUGCCUGCAGCAUGGAGUAUCACUGGAAGCAGAUCGAUAAGGAGAUCUCUCUCUCCCCGAUGCCCACAGAGUACCAGGGCGCUACUGUCAAAAUCUUAUGUAACGACUGCCAGACUCACUGCACGGUGCCUUUCCACGUGUUGGGGAUGAAGUGCACCGGCUGCGGAUCCUACAACACGGCGCAGGACGGGGGGCUCAUCCAGCAGCAGCAGGGGGGGGAACAGCAGCAGCAGCAGGGGGAGGAACAGGAAGAGGAGGAACAGCAGCAAGAGGAGGAAGAGGAAGAACAGCAGCAAGAAGAGGAGGAAGAGCAGGAGGACAUUGAGACAGACACAGAGCCGGAGCAGCCUCCCACUCCUCAUUAACACUGAAUCACACUGAAAGACAUUUAUACUUUAAACUGAACUCAAAGAUUGUAAAAACAUUUUUUUUCUGAACCCGCAGAGCGAGAACAUAUCCCAGCAUGCACUUGGGGAGAUGAAGGGUAUCAAGACCAGCGUUGCCAGUCAAAUAUUAAGAGGAAGACUAUUUGCAGAAUUACAUCAAGGCAGGUCGUUUUUACUUUAAUGGCAAGUACACUACUUCAAAUGAACACAAGUCCUUUGUGAGUGACACAAAUAAUAGCUUUAGGCCUAAAUUAGAUUCAAUUCAAUAUUUGUCAGCAAACUGACAUACAGGGCUUUCUGGCAUGCCGCUGUCAACAUGAAAUGUAAGCGCUGUUUUGAUUUAAAAACACUUCAAGUUUUGCUUAUAGGGAAUUCUGUUCACCAGAUGGGUUUAAAUGUGUCUGACUUCAACAGAUUAUUCCAUGUAAGGAGGGGAAACAUGACGAUAGGUUAAUUACUCGUGGUGUGUUCAGGGUCGGUGUAUUGUUUUCUGAUAAAGGGAUAUUUCUGAUGCUUGGAAGUUGGAUUGUGUGAGGUACUUAGCAUCAGUCAUCAGUGUAUUGACUAGAACAACACAAAGGAAUAUACUGCAGUGGACAAAGACACAAGUAGGACUUAUUUUAGCUGCAUGCAACAAUUCCAAAUCAGUGUAAUUGUACGUUAAAUUUAGAGUAUUUUAACAGCUGUGCCCAGCCCUCAGACACCUCGCUGUAAUCCAAGCGCUCAGACUUCAUAGAAAAGAACAGAAGUCUUACCUUCCAGAUUAAAAAGGAAUCACUGAUCGGGCGUUUCAAUGUGCUAACUCUCUAAAGCCAGCCGAGAAAAUGUCUUGUUGCUAUGGAGAUAUGUUCCGAGUCUUGCCUUUUUCCUUAAUGAAUCAUUAACUUGUAUUAAUUAAUACAAACACCCAAUAAAAUACAGAGUUUUACGAA